CUAAGAAACCCAGUACACAAAUUUAUUGGUUAUGUUCCUUUAAAGCUUUCAAAAUCGUGCGGAAUUGUAUUUUUUAGUUUUUAUCGGUUUUAACACCUAAAUUAUUAUCAUUUAUUGUUGACUGGGAAGCAAAAUGAGUCUCAAGAAAUUAAAGUCAGCAAUAUUUCUCACCUGUGGAGGUGUAGCUGCUUACAUCUCUAUAAAUCUCUUCAAGUACAACGAUAAAUUCUAUGAGGAAUAUGUUAUGCCAGCUGUGCACACGCUGGAUCCUGAAACAGCACAUAGAUUAGGCAUUUUCAUCAGUAAAUAUAGAUUAUUACCAAAGAGUCCAUACAUUGAUCCAGACCUAUUGAAAAUUGAUUUGUUUGGUCAUAAAGUAUCCAAUCCUAUUGGCAUAGCAGCUGGUUUUGAUAAACAUGGUGAAGCAAUCAAAGGUCUUUUUGAUCUGGGCUUUGGUUUGGUUGAAGUUGGAUCAGUUACACCUCUGCCACAGCCUGGCAAUGACAAACCAAGACUGUUCAGACUCAAAGAAGACAUGGCGGUUGUAAACAGGUAUGGAUUCAACAGUGAUGGACAUGAAUCUGUCUUCAAUAGGCUGCAGAAACUGUCUUUAGAGACACCACAUGAUAAACAGGGUUUGGUAGGGAUAAAUUUAGGUAAAAACAAGACUUCCCAGAAUGCUUCAGAGGAUUAUGUUAUGGGUAUAAAUAAAUUCGCGCCGGUUGCUGAUUAUUUAGUUGUUAACAUCAGCAGUCCAAACACUCCUGGUUUGAGAAAUCUACAGAAUGAAAAAGAAUUGACUGAGCUGCUUGAAAAUGUAACUGAUGCAAGGGAUAACCUGGAAAAGGUGCCGAUUUUAUUGAAGCUAGCUCCGGAUUUAUCCAGUACUGAGAGGGAAAAUAUUGCUAAUAUUGCAAUGAGAUACAAAAUCGACGGACUUAUUAUUAGCAAUACCAGUGUGGCAAGGCCAGAGACAAUGGUAUCUGAGUUUAAAAAUGAAGUUGGAGGCCUGAGUGGUGUGCCCAUUAAAGAUGGCGCUACACAAAUGAUUGCUGAGAUGUAUAAGUAUACAAAUGGCAGGAUUCCGAUUAUAGGAGUUGGUGGAAUAUCUUCUGGUAUUGAUGCGUAUGAAAAGAUCAAAGCUGGUGCGUCUGCACUACAAAUUUAUACGAGCUUAGUAUAUGGAGGACCUCCAGUGAUAAUAAAGAUUAAAUCUGAGUUAGCUGCGUUGUUGCAGCGAGAUGGUUACAAAAGUAUUAAGGAUGCGGUUGGUUCCAGGUCGCAAAAUUAUGCGUUGAGUUGAUUAAAGAAGAAAUUGCAUGUGUUUUGUUGUAAAUAUAUAUUUUUUGGUCGA